UAAUUUUCUCCAACUACAAACGUGAGAAAACUUCUCAGAGAAAGAGAACUACUAAAUUGCUUCUACUUCUUCUUUCUUUUGUGAAAAAAUGGGUUCUUUUUUUUCUAAACAAGUGGAGAGAAGAAAAUCAAUUCAUACUCAGAAAAAACUUUUGUAUGAUCUUAAGGAAAAAACUAGCAGUAACUUUCCUGGUUCUGAUUAUCGCUCAGAUGAUCGAAAAAAUUGGAUGUCAACACUGGCUCUGGAGAAACUUCAAGUGAACCAGAUAAUUUGGCCCGGUACCCAUGAUUCAGCAACAAACAAAAUUGGAAUCCCAUUUAUUUCUCGACCUUUUGCCCGAACACAAUCUAUGUCCAUUUACAAUCAGCUGGUAACGGGCACUCGUGUCCUUGACAUCAGAGUUCAAGAAGAUAGUCGUGUCUGUCAUGGCAUCCUAGUUUCUUACCAUGUCGACGUUGUGAUCAACGAUGUGAAGAAAUUCUUAUCUGAGACCCAAUCAGAGAUCAUAAUUCUGGAGAUCCGAACAGAGUUUGGGCACGAUGAUCCACCGGAAUUCGACACGUAUUUAGAGAAUCAAUUGGGGGAAUUUCUUAUUCACCAAGACAACUCUGUUUUCAACAAGACAGUAGCAGAGUUAUUGCCAAAAAGAGUAAUAUGUGUUUGGAAACCAAGAAAAUCAGCUCAGCCAAAACAUGGAAGUCCGUUGUGGAGCGCUGGGUAUUUAAAGGACAAUUGGAUUGACACUGAUUUGCCUGAAACAAAAUUCGAGAGCAAUAUGAAGCAUUUGAGUGAGCAACAACCGGUGACAUCCCGGAAAUAUUUUUACAGAGUGGAGAAUACGGUGACGCCUCAGGCGGAUAAUCCGGUGUUGUGUGUGAAACCGGUGACGAAUCGGAUUCGUCCAUAUGCGAGGUUGUUCAUAAAUGAGAGUAUUUCUAGAGGUUAUAGUGAUCGGCUACAAAUAUAUUCUACAGAUUUUAUUGAUGAAGAUUUUGUGGAUGCUUGUAUUGGACUUACAAAUGCAAGGAUUGAAGGCAAGCUUUGACGUGAAUAUGCAUGCAGUACAAGGUGAAUUUAUGUGUUCUCUUUUGUGAAUUAUGUUGUUUGGUUCUGUUUUAAUUAUACUUGUUACUAGGUAAAAUAAUGUUUGCUUAUGAUUAUAUAUGUCGUUAAAUUGCGUGUAAAUGAACUUAUUGUAAGUUGUACUGAAAUUCCACAUUAUUUGGAAGGAUAAGAGUAACCAAAAUUUUGAUGAGAGAAUUUA